UUUUCUAGUAGAAGUAUUACAUUAGACACAUGAUAAAAAUACUUGUUUAUCUGAAAUAUUAACAGCCAGAGAAGCCGUCUUCACAUACAGAGCCAGACAGCAGGGAGAAGUGUUCCUCGGGGAAGGUGUCCUGUGCUGAGUCCACACAAUGCCCCAAGAAGACAUUCACUUUGGUUAUCCCAGGAAGGGGCACAGACGCUCCUAUGUCACUGCUGAAGAGGCCGCAGGGAUCGGCAUCCUGAUCGUGGUCCUGGGGAUUGCUCUGCUUAUCGGCUGCUGGUACUGUAGAAGACGAAGUGGAUACAGAACCUUGAUGGACAAAAGGCGUCAUAUUGGUAUUCAAAAAACCUCAAGGGAAAGAUGCUCAUGUGAGAGCCCUGAUCACCAGGACAGCCGACUGUCUUCUCAAGAGAAAUCCCAUCAGCCCGUGGUUCCCAACGCUCCGCCUGCCUAUGAGAAGCUCUCUUCACCGCCACCUUAUUCACCCUGAGAGCCGGGAAACUCCUGAGAACGCUGAACAACUUCCCUCACACUUCCGCUUUAAGGCUGAGUAGACGCCGGUGUUUCGCUUUAGAAUGCUGCAGAAUAUACAGCUCCACUAACAGGCCAGUGCUAAAUUCUUGACAGGGCAAGCAGAGGGAUAUUGGAGGAAUGGUGAGAAAUAUUAACCUUGGAAAAGCUUCAAUAAACAUCUCAAUGUAUAU